UUGAAAGGUGUUUAUCGAGAACGACAAAUAACUCGACUCGCUAAACUUCGACGUAUUGGCGAACUACCGCCGGUAUAUCCCAAUGGAUGGUAUUGUAUUGCCGAGUCAGAUGAGCUGAAACCAAAAGCAGUCAGAGAAGUUACGAUAUUCGGUCAAUUUUUGACGCUCAUAAGAUCUGAAAGUGGGCAAGUGUAUUUAAUCGAUUCCUAUUGUCCACACUUAGGCGCCAAUUUCAACGUAGGCGGGAAGGUGGUUGACGACAACUGUAUACAGUGUCCUUUCCACGGAUGGGUAUUCUCCGGCGAAACAGGGAAAUGCACACGAAUACCAUACGAUAAUGGGACAAUUCCUGAGCAGGCAAAGGUAUCCGUGUGGCCUGUCUUGGAGAGAAAUCAACACAUUUAUGUAUGGUAUCAUUGUGAUGGGAAUGAUCCUGAAUGGGAAAUACCGGAAAUCGAUGAGAUAAUCAGUGGGGAGUGGACGUAUGGUGGCCGCACAGAGCAUGAAAUCAUGUGCCAUUGUCAAGAGAUUCCCGAAAAUGGUGCCGAUAUCGCACAUUUGAACUACCUGCACUUGACUGGACCUAACAAAGGAAACAAUCUGUUCAAUAUCGAUCUCGACAACACAAGCCCACUAAUCCGGCAUGUAUGGGACGGUAGAUGGGCUCCACAAACAGGCGACGAUACGCAUCUUUCAGUAAUGCAUCUCGACCAGUACAUGACUUUUGCUGGUCACAGAAUACCAUUGACAAGCAGUAAACUCAGAGCCGAACAGCAUGGUCCAGGAAUCGUUCAUAUGUUGUUCGACUUUGGAGUUCUUGGCCGUGGAGUUGUGCUACAACACGUGACACCACAAGAACCGCUGCAGCAGCUUGUCCGAUUCAAGAUGUACUCAACGGUUCCACGAUGGUUCGCCAAGUUCUUUCUCGUCAGUGAAGCUACACAGUUCGAACGCGAUAUUUGGAUAUGGUCUAACAAGAAGUACAUCAAAAGUCCGAUUGUUGUCCGGAAUGAUGGACCAAUUCAAAAACACAGAAGGUUAUUGAUUUUUUAUACUACCGUUGAAUUUUUUCUAUAG